AUGCGUCCUCAUCUCGUACACCUGCUCGCCGUCGCAACGCUCGUCGUCCUCGUCGACGCUCAGACCUGCGCAGACGGUACCUCCCUGUACACGCCGCCGGGCUCGGGCCCCGUGUGCUGCAUCACGCAAAGCGUCGUCACCGGCGCCAUCUGCGAGAACUUGGUCGUCUCGGGACAGCCUCGCACGGCCUGCUACUGGACUCGCCGGCCCGACGACAUCCGGUUCGCGUUCACGAUCCCGCAGGCCAUCCAGAACGUCGUCGGCGUGACGCUCAAGGGCACACACGGCGAGUUCCUCGACAACUUCUCGCCCGACUACAACCGCCAGCGUGGCUCGAUCGUCACGACGUCGGGCUUCUCUGCUGCCGCCGGCCGCAGCUGGAUCGUCCUGCCCGGGUCUUACUACGGCCGCACGGGCCCCGGCGGCGGUCUUCCAUCGGCAGGGACCGCGGGUACUCGUGGUGUCGACUGGGCUCGUGGAGGAGGCGCGAGCGCCCUGUUCGGCAGCUACACGCUGGUGGCGGCGGGCGGGGGCGGGCAAGGGCCCGCGUACGGUCUCGGCUCGGACGCCGACUCUGGCUACUACGCGAGCACUGCAGAAGGAGAGCCUGCUCGCCUCGGCGUCGGUGGAGGCGGCGCGGGCUUCUACGGCGGCCUGGCGGCGCCCUACCUCUACAACGCGGCUUACAGCUGCGGGAGCACGUUCUCGCCUCGCACGUGCUACUACCCAGUGUACGGCCCGAGCGCCGGCGGGCUGUCCGGCAGCUCGGGGUCCUUCCCGUCGGGCUGGACCCGUGGCGGCUGGAACGGCGACGGGUCGACCGCCGCUCGUCUCGUCACCUUCACGUUUGCCUGUGUCAGUCCCGAGCCGACGACGACCAUCCGGCUCCCGACCCCUGCCGCUACGGCGACCGCGACCAACGUGCUCACCGAGCUCACGACGACGACGGCCGAGCCUGGCACGCAGACCGCCACCGUCACGGUCGAGAGCGCCCGCCCGCCCGAGUUCGUCGACGAGACGUCGACGCCCGACCCGACCUUGACGACCCGCACCGACACGGCGACGACCUUCCCGCCCGAGAGCACGGCGUUCUCGACGUUCACGCCCGAGACGUCGACCUUCUUCGAGUCGCCGACCGUGACGACCACACCUGCUACGAGUACCAUCUUCGAGACGUUCACGCCGCCUACGUCGUUCUUCACCGAGACGGUCGAGGAGCUCGUCACGCCCGCAACCGCGGUCGAGACGGUCACGACGACGCCGGCGACCCGCAUCAUCCCGACGAUCGUCACCGAGCUGCGCACCGUCUCGAGCGGUACCUCGACGUCGGUCGUCUCGACCACGACGGGCAGCGCAAACUGCUUCCACUUCCGCAUGGUCUACCCUCCAGCAUGCUGCCCGACCGCCUACAUCAAGGGUCUCAAGCCAUGGACUGGCGCAGCAACCCUGCGUCGCCGCAACGUCGUCUGGGCUCGCGAUUUGACAACCAUCUUCACGCCGAGCGGUACGACGACCAUCACGACUGCAACGACGGCAACCUCGACGGCAGUCAACACCCCCGACCCUAUCCUCGUCACCGACACGGCGACAACGCCCGGCCCGAUCACGACCAUCACCCGCACCGAGACGCUCGAGCCCGCCACGGUCGUCAUCGACGAGACGGCGACGGUCGAGGGCGUGGCCUCGACGACGACCAUCACCCUGACCGACCCGGCGCCCUCGAUCACGGUCACCGAGACGCAGUACGUCGAGGCGGCGACGCCGCUCUUCACCGACGUCUCGACUGCCGACGCGCCGAGCUCGACCGCGACCGAGACGAGCUUGUCCACGCUCGAGACGCCCCGCUCGACCGUCAACGAGGAGGCGCCGACGCCCAUCUCGAUGUCGACCGACUUCUUCACCGAGUACAAGACCGUGCCUGCGACGACGACGACGAGUACGGCGUACUCUCGCUCGACGACGUGCGCCGUCAAGCCGCCUCUCACGCUCAAGUGCUCGAUCCCUGCUCUUCGCGGAGCCGAUCAGGUCGUCCAGGUCGCGCUCAUCAAGGCUCAAAAGUUCCUCUCGGGCAACCGCGCCGUCCAGAUCGACUGUGGCUCGGCGGGCGUGUGGAGCUACGUCUAG